ACUCUCAUUUUCUCUUUUGCGCUCUGCUCGCUCUUCCUUUUCGACGAUUCGACUUAGUUUCUCUCCGGUUACUCUCUGAUAGUUGAAGCUCUUUCACUGGUUUGACAAUGGGGGCCGAGAAAGGAAACGAAAACAACGCUUCCGCUGAAUCACCGACUUCAGUUCUCGAAGACGAGGAGAAGUGCGAAGAAGAAAUCAUAAAGCUGGAGGAGGAAACGUUGGUAGAUGCCAAAAAUGGAGAUGCGUCUCUUUUAUCAGAGGCUAUGGUCAAGGAGGAAGAGAAACUAAUGGAAGAUCGGUUGAAGGAGGAUAUAAAACAAGAGGAGCCUGAAGAGUUGGUGCACUUGAAUGAUACACAGUUUACUAGAUUGGAUGAGCUUUUGACCCAAACUCAGAUGUACUCUGAGUUUUUGCUUGAAAAGAUGGAGGACAUCACAUUUAAUGUACCUAAGCCUGAAGCUGCUGAGACAAAGAGAGGUCGUGGCUCAAAAAGAAGAGCUGCUAACCAGUACAACAAUAGGAAGGUCAAGAGGGCAGUCGCAGCUAUGCUUACUAGAUCUAAAGAGGGAGAGAAUGUGAACAAUGAAGAUGAAAAUCUGACCGAAGAGGAAAAAAUUGAGAAAGAGCAGAGAGAACUUGUACCCUUGUUGACUGGUGGAAAAUUGAAGUCUUAUCAACUUAAAGGUGUGAAGUGGUUGAUCUCCUUAUGGCAGAAUGGGCUGAAUGGGAUCCUUGCAGAUCAGAUGGGUCUUGGAAAGACAAUUCAAACUAUUGCUUUUCUUGCACAUUUGAAAGGAAAUGGGAUGAACGGGCCCUACAUGAUUAUUGCUCCUCUGUCAACUCUUUCUAAUUGGAUAAACGAGAUUACAAGGUUUACACCCUCUAUUGAUGCAAUCAUUUAUCAUGGAACCCAGCAAGAAAGGGAUGAGAUUCGUAGGAAGCACAUGCCUAAAGGAAUUGGCCCCAACUUUCCAAUUGUUGUUACUUCUUAUGAGAUGGCGAUGAGUGAUGCAAAGAAAUUUUUGAGGCAUUAUGAGUGGAAAUAUGUUGUGGUUGAUGAGGGGCACAGAUUGAAAAACUUCGAGUGCAAAUUAGUGAAAGAAUUGAAACACUUGCGUGUUGCCAAUAAGCUCCUCUUAACUGGAACACCUCUGCAGAACAACUUGGCAGAGCUAUGGUCGUUGUUGAAUUUCAUUUUGCCUGAUAUUUUUCAAUCUCAUGAAGAAUUUGAGUCAUGGUUUGAUUUUUCGGGGAGAAGUAAUGGUGACAUGUCACAGGAAGAAAUAGAAGAGAAAAGAAAAGCUCAAGUGGUUGCUAAACUCCAUGCUAUAUUGCGCCCCUUUCUUCUUCGAAGAAUGAAGGCUGAUGUGGAGCAUAUGCUCCCUCGUAAAAAAGAGAUCAUACUAUAUGCUACAUUGACCGAUUAUCAAAGGAAUUUCCAAGAUCAUUUGCUUAAUCAAACUUUGGAAUCAUAUCUAAAAGAGAAGGUUGACACAGGGCGUCGUAUGAAAGGGAAGCUUAACAAUUUGAUGAUUCAGCUUCGGAAGAAUUGCAACCAUCCAGAUCUCCUAGAAGCUGCCUUUGAUGGAUCAUAUUUUUAUCCGCCUGUAGAGCAGAUCGUUGAGCAGUGUGGGAAGUUUAAAUUGCUUGACCGGUUGUUGACCCAGUUAUUUGAGCGCAAACACAAAGUUCUCAUCUUUAGCCAGUGGACUAAGGUUCUGGAUAUAAUGGAUUACUAUUUGAGUGAAAAGGGGUUUAAUGUUUGUAGGAUUGAUGGUGCAGUGAAAUUAGAAGAAAGGAGAAGACAAAUCCAAGAGUUCAAUGAUGUGAACAGCAAUUAUAGGAUAUUUAUUCUCAGUACAAGGGCAGGUGGCCUAGGUAUCAAUCUGACUGCAGCUGAUACUUGCAUACUCUACGAUAGUGACUGGAACCCUCAAAUGGAUUUGCAAGCCAUGGAUAGAUGUCAUCGCAUUGGACAAACCAAACCUGUUCAUGUUUACAGACUUGCAACAGCACAAUCUGUUGAGUGUCGCAUUUUGAAAAGAGCUUAUAGUAAGUUGAAGCUAGAACAUGUCGUGAUCGGAAAAGGGCAGUUCCACCAAGAACGGAAACCUAGUAAUGAUGUCAUUGAGGAGGAAGAUCUACUGGCACUACUCCGGAAUGAAGAAACUGCUGAGGACAAGAUGAUUCAGACAGAUAUCAGCGAUGAGGAUCUGGAAAGGAUUCUUGAUCGCAGCGACCUUAUUGCUGAUUCUGGCGAUGGAGAGGAAACCAAGGCUAGUGCCAAUGCAGUUCCCCUCAAAGGUCCUGGUUGGGAGGUUGUACUGCCGACUGGUACUGGAGGCAUGCUUUCAACCCUCAACAGUUGAAAUGAUUCUUCACUUUGUUGAUGCAGAGUCUGGUCUUUUGAUUUUUGCGGUUGAGCUUGAGAUAUAGCUCUAAAAUUGAAGCUCCCUUUUCCAUUGCACUGUGGAUUAUUGGAAUAUUAGGGAGCUGAUUUUGUAAAUGCCCGUUGUAGAACUACAUAGUAGUAGUAGGUAACGUUCGAUUAUUAAUUUAUUAAUCAGCUGUUAAACAAGUUAAGAGUUUAAUCUAA